CUACGAGGUGUCCAUCUGACAGACAGGUCAGCACAGCAGAAGACAUGCUUCGUGCAGCCUGAGUCGAGCAGUGCAUAUGUACACACAUCAUUCAGUGCGUCACACACACGCUCACUAACACAUCCAUCCAUUGCAGACGAGUGUGCCACUCCAACCACAAACACAUCAGCCACAUCUCUGUGUUGUGUGUCUGCAGGUUGUGCAUUUUCACGGGCAUACAGAGCUGCUACCUCUGCACUCCGCUCGCUAAGCAAAGAGCACUGACUGCCUUCCCUUUGCUCAUCUGUGUGUUCACGUACUUGCUGUGCAAGCAGUUGUUUGCCGGCUUCGCGCUGCGGGCAGUUGCGGUAGAGGUGCUCGGUGCUCUCGCAGAGGAAGCACUUGAGUCCCUUGCCCUUCUUGCCCUUGCCGGUCUUGCCGCCAUUGCCCUCCUUGGCACCCGAUGACGCGUCUUUCGACGCCUUCAUCUGCUUGUUCUUGAGGCUCACGCCGGACUGCACCGUCGGCUGUCCGCUCGUGGGCUUCUUGCCCUUCUUCUUCUUCUUGGGGAUCUUGACGAACGUCACCUUCUGCGCCGUCCCCAUCACCUCGCCCGCCACGCCCGCCGCGCUGCUCGACGCACCGCCCUGGCCCUGCUGCUGUGCAGCCGGCCCGUUGAGUGACUUGAGCGCGUCAUCUCACUGGCGGCACACGCGGACGAGGGUCUCGAAGUUGUACUUGGCGGAUGGAUCGACUACCACCGCCUCGCGCACACGGCCAAACGACGCCGGCAGCUUCUUGACGAAGAACUCGACCUUCUCUUGGUCGUUGAUCGGAUGCACCCCUUGCAGCUGGCGCAGCUCGUUCGCACGCUGCACCUUCCGCAGGAAGUCGGUCAACGCCUGCUCGAAGUUCCAGGUCGGGUCACACUGCCAGUUGACCACCCGCGUGUAGGCCUCGGACCAGGAGCCAGGACGCGAUGGAUGAAACGACUCAUACAACGCGUCUCAGGCUGCUGCACCGUCGCCCGUUGGCACUUGCUGGAUGACGGCCAGGGCCUGCCCGUCGCCCUCGUAUCCCUUGUCAGGGAGCAGCGCAUCCAGCAGCGCCGCGUGCAGAUGGGCAUUGUCAGCAUCGUACUGCGCAGCACCCAUGCCGAGCCGCAUCUGCUGACGGAUGUCCUUGUUGAGCAGGUAGGCAAUUUUGGCCGCCUGACACUUGCUCUGCACCUCAAACGCGAACGUGGGGAAGCCAGCUUGGCCGCCAGUGAAGGCAUGAAGCUUGAGCUUCUUGCGCUCCAGCACCGACUCCGCUGUUCUCUUGACCACCACGCCCGGCAGGGUCAGACUGCUAGCCGUAUGACCGGCCUGCUGCUGUGGCGCAUGCUGGUCGACGUAGGCGCCGAGGGAGGUUUGGUGUGCCACUCUGUCAGCAGCAGCACGCUCCUCCCCGGACACUGUCAGCAGCAGCACGCUCCUCCCCGGACACCACCAUCUCCGCAU